AAGCCAGGAGUUGCCAAGAGCUCUUGGGCAGAGGGAAGCUCCUGAGUGGCUGGUACACCAUCUACCCCCAAGGCUGCAACGCCACCACUGUCUUCUGUGACAUGGACACGGAUGGUGGAGGAUGGAUUGUUUUCCAGAGGCGCUGGGAUGGGUCAGUGAACUUCUUGCGAGACUGGGAUUCAUACAAACGAGGCUUUGGCAACCAGCUGACAGAGUUCUGGCUGGGGAAUGACAACAUCCACUUCCUCACCUCGCUGGGACCCUGUGAACUCCGCGUUGACCUGAGAGACUUUGAAAACAACUACUACUUUGCCAAGUAUGCUUCAUUCAGAGUUUUGGGAGAGUCUGAGAAAUACAAACUGCUUCUAGGAGAUUUCCUUGGUGGAAACGCCGGAGACUCCUUAUCCUACCACAGGGACAUGCUGUUUUCAACGACAGACCAGGACAAUGACCUGAGCUCCUUCAACUGUGCCACGGAAUACAAGGGAGCGUGGUGGUACAACGACUGCCACUACUCCAACCUGAACGGCAGGUACUGGCUGGGUGUGCACGAGAGCUACGCUGAUGGCAUUAACUGGAAGACAGGCAAGGAAUACCACUACUCCCACAAGAGAACAGAAAUGAAAUUCAGGCCAGUUUAAUAUGGCAAGAGGGCACCUGACCAGCCCCAACAGGUACCACUCAACAGCCAAGAGAAGACACAAAGGAUGACGUUGU